CGGCUUCCCGUCAUUUUCAAAAUGAUAUAAACACGGCUAAUAUCGUUUGUUAACGUUAAUUUUCGACACUAUUUAUUUAGUUUUAUUAUUUAUUAGCUCAACUGUGUGUUACGAUGUGUUAAUUAAAAAAAUAAAAUAUAUAUAUAUAUUCACAUCCCAUAAUAACAAACCAUGAAGUUAGUCAAGUUUUUAAUGAAACUCAGUCACGAAACGGUGACGUUAGAAUUGAAAAAUGGAACUACUGUGCACGGGACAAUAACAGGUGUUGACGUAGCUAUGAAUACUCAUCUAAAAGCUGUGAAAAUGACUGUAAGAAACCAACAGCCUAUACAUUAUGAAACACUAAGUAUUCGAGGAAACAAUAUUCGAUACUACAUUUUACCAGACUCGCUUACUCUCGAAACGCUUCUGGUCGAUGAUGCACCUAAAUCACGCAUGAGCCGCGGUUCACGAGGUGGCCAUGGAGGACCUGGAAGAGGCCGUGGACGUGGAGGACCCAGAGGUCGUGGGGGACGAGGAGGACCUCGAGGGGCCGGCGGACGGGGACGUGGAGCACCACCUCGACGUUAAAAGAAGAAAAAAACAUCAUCAGAUCUAUGCACGCGAAUAAUUUGUAUAGCGAUUCCAUUUGUCAUGAUUACUCGAUUUAUCAGUAUAGAUUUAAGUUGUGAUUACGGGAGCUUCCUUUAAAAUACGUGUAUUCGUAUUGCAGAGGUAUUUUUAUGCAUGUCAACUCGCAGUAUUACUGACAAUAAAAAUAAUUGUUCUUUACAAAAAAAAUCAUCAAA